UUCAGCGUGUCCUACAGCAGUGGUUCUCACACAUAAGCAUGGCUCAGGAUCACUGGGAGGGCUUAGGAAGCUAGAGAUUGCUGAGCCCAUCUCCAGAGUUUAGGAUCUGUAGGUCUGGGUGGGGUCUGAGAAUUUGUAUUUCUAUCAAAGAUUUCUGGUAGUGCUUAUGCUGUUGAUUUGCGGGGCCACACCUUGUGAACCACCGUCUUAUUCUUCUUCCCGAGAAACUAAUAUCACCUGUGUCCUCAGUUGCCUUUCUUUGAACCUGCUGCAGUUGGGUUUUUACUCUGUGGAGGAGGAAGUUCUGUAGUGGUCUCACUUUCUUUUCCCUUUCACGACUGUAAGUCCCUUUCAUCAGCACAUCUUUCCAAGUGGUACACACUCACACUGAUUUUCAAAGUUAGGUGUCUUUUUCCUGCAUUGCCACUCCCAGAAACCUCAGCCAGUAACAAAGCAAGGGUAAACAAAAGUUCUUUUUCCCAGACUCUGACAUGUUACAUCCCUUAUUCUCCCUGCAUCUGCCUGUCUGCCUCACGAAGUUGUGAUGGGCAACAUCGAUUCAAAAUGGAUAGAGUAGAAUAUUACAGGUGUUUGUGAGCUGGAAGGAGCUGUGGACCCAGAAGUGGGGAGGCAUUACAAUUAAACUUCCCAUUAUUAUGUAUUUGUAGGGAAAUGGUUGGAAGCUUAGGUUCUGGAGUUAGAACUGGAUUUUUAUCUGGGCUCUGAUACUUACUAGCUUUGUGAGCUUAGGCAAAUCACAUAUCGGAGCCUGAUUUUCCUCACCUGUAAAAUGGAGGAACUAAUACCUUUGUUGCAAGGAGAUUGCAAGAAAUCGAAAUAAUAUGUGCAGAGAAGCCGGGACAGAGACAACUCAAUAAAUGGUAGCUGUUGCGUUUACUAAAUAAUUGUUUUAAUUUUUUUUUUCCUGGCCUUUUCUCUGCUGCGGGCCUGGAAAGGAAUCCAUUGAUCGUAGGGAUCUUUUCGGCCCUGGCCCGAGUUUUCUAUCAUUUACAAGGAUUCUGGUCACCUGCUCAGGCGGCGGCUCCGCGCGCCCAGGCGGCUUCGCUGAGGCCCUGAUUUUCGAGUAUUUACGGCGCGCGGCCGUCCUAGCUCCCGCUCAAGUCUGCGCUUCCAGGUUCAGUCUCAGGGUCUCGCCGGCAGCCCCGGCCGGCGGGCGCGGAGCCGGCAGCGGGGCCAGAACGGCAGGGUCCUCUGGGGGCCCCGGAGUUGGGAGGCGGCGUCCGGGAGUCCCCCGAGGAGGAUGGGCUGCGGAGACAGCAGGCUGAGCUGCUGCAAACCCCCCAAAAAGAGGUGCCAAGGACCAGAUCAGCCUCCCAAACCAGAGCUGCAGGAACUGGGUCCCCUCAAUGGUGACACAGCCACAACUGUCCAUCUCUGUGCAUCUGAGGAGGCUGGGCAGCACCAGAAGGCUCUCACCAGAAUUCUCCAGCAACACGAAGAGGACAAGAAGAAAUGGGCACAGAAGGUGGAGAAGGAGAGGGAACUAGAGCUUGGAGAGAAACUGAAUGAACAGCGAAGAGUCCUGGAGGGAGAGCACGCGGAGGCCCUGAGAGUCCUCCAGGCCUCCCAUGAGCAGGAUAAAGAAGCCCUUACCUGCUCCUUCCAGGAGGCCAAGGCGGCCCUGCAGGAGACCACCGACAGACUGACCGCACAGCUGGAGGCCUUCCAGGCCAAGGUGAAGAGGGUAGAGGAGUCCAUCCUAAGUCAGGACUACAAGAAGCACAUCCAGGAGUACGGGAGCCCCAGCCAGUUCUGGGAGCAGGAGCUGGAGAGCUUACACUUUGUCAUCGAGAUGAAGAACGAGCGAAUCCACGAGCUAGACAAGCGGCUCAUCCUCAUGGAGACAGUGAAAGAAAAAAACCUGCUGUUGGAGGAGAAAAUCACCACCCUGCAGCAGGAGAACGAGGACCUCCAUGCCCGAGGCCGCAACCAGAUGGCUGUGUCCAGGCAGCUCUCUGAGGACCUGCUUCUCGCCCGAGAGGCCCUGGAGAAGGAGUCGCAGUUGCGCCGGCAGCUCCAGCAGGAGAAGGAGCAGCUGCUGUACCGGGUCCUCGGGGCCGACGCCUCCCCCGCCUUCCCGCUGGCCUCUCUCACCCCCACUGAGGUCUCCUACCUCGCCACAUAGCGCCUGGACCACCGGGAUGCUGUGGUCACAGCUUUCUCUCGAGGACUUGGCAGAGAAAACAGCAGGGGCCUCUUGUCCCUAGGAGGGGACAAGGGUGGGAGUGAGAUGGGGAGCCAGGACGUGCGGCCAGUCAGCCCUGGGGGCUUGGGCCACGUACACUCACCCUCGGGCUUCGGGGGCCCCGCAAGUUGGCGCAGGGGACAAGCAAGAAGAGCCCUUU